UUUAGCUUGCUUGCGCUGGUGUGCGGUUUGUUUGUGAUAUUUACGAAAGUUGCGGAUAUUGAACAAUUGUUUUUGAAUACUAUAUAGUAAUCUAAACUUGUUUAGAAUUCUUUUCUAAGUGCAUUUAAUAUGUGGAAGUCCAGACUGACCAUUAAACAGCUAGGCAAUAAGAGCCAGCUGAUCAGGGGGCGGCUUUUUAGUGUGGGCAGUGCGCUUCAGCAGCAGUCGCAGCCGCAGCAGCAGAACCAUUGGGAGGAACUGUUGGAAACAACGCCAAUACGCAGCGAUGAGGAAUGGAUGAAGGCGAAAGACUAUUCAGACCUGCCGGGGCCAAGUGCUUUACGUCUACUAUCCUACUUUCUGCCAGGCGGUAAACUACACAACACGAACCUCGUACAAAUGAAUCGUCGCAUGCGUGAGUGGUACGGCGAUAUAUAUCGUCUGCCCGGCUUGAUGGGAAAAACUGACGUUGUGUUCACCUACAACCCCAAAGACUUUGAGGUUACCUACAGAAAUGAAGGCUUGUGGCCUAUACGCAUAGGUCUAGAGACCUUUACCUAUUAUCGCAAAGUGGUUCGCCCAGAUGUUUUUGGCGGCAUUGGGGGGCUAGUAUCCGAACAAGGCAAAUCCUGGGCAGAAUUUCGAAAUAAGGUGAAUCCGGUGUUGAUGAAAGUGCAAAAUGUCAGACAGAAUCUGCCGCAAAUCGAUCAAAUUUCCAAGGAGUUUAUAGAGAAAUUGGAAACUUUACGUGAUCCAUCAACGCACACCCUGAACGCUGACUUUCAUGAGCAGCUCAAGAGUUGGGCCUUUGAGGCGAUUAGUUUUGUGGCUCUAAAUACUCGCAUGGGUUUACUGAGCGAUCAGCCCGAUGCGAAUGCCUCACGCUUUGCAGAGCAUAUGACGGACUUCUUCAACUAUAGCUUCAAGUACGAUUUACAGCCAUCGGUUUGGCCGUAUUACAAGACGCCGGAGUUUAAAAAGUUCCUUAAGACCUACGAUCAUAUCACUGAAAUUACGACUAACUAUAUAGAGGCGGCUAUCGAGCGAUUCAAGCAUGAAGAGCAACCGGAUAAUAAAUGCGUUCUACAGCAGCUGUUGGCUAUCAAUAAACAGGUGGCUGUGGUCAUGGCCAUGGAUAUGCUAAUGGCUGGCAUAGAUACGACCUCUUCAGCCUUUGUGACCAUUCUCUAUCAUCUCGCUUGUAAUCCCGAGAAGCAAGCACAGCUGCAUCGCGAGCUGCAGCGGACUUUGCCCAGCCCCGAUGAUGCUUUGACCUUGGAGAAUACCAAAAAUCUGCCCUAUCUGCGCGCCUGCAUCAAAGAGGGUCUGAGGAUUACGUCCAUAACGCCGGGCAACUUUCGCAUUGCCACCAAGGAUCUGGUGCUAUCCGGCUAUCGUGUACCGCGCGGCACGGGCAUUCUCAUGGGCGUACUGGAGCUCUCCAAUAGCGACGAAUACUUUGCGAGCAGUGCGCAAUUUGUGCCCGAGCGUUGGCUCAAAUCGGACAUAAAUGUGGAGACGAAGGUGUGUCCGGAGGCACGUAAUCGGAACCCGUUCGUUUAUUUACCCUUUGGCUUUGGACCACGCACAUGCAUAGGCAAACGCAUCGCUGAGCUGGAAAUUGAGACGCUGCUGGCUCGGCUGCUGCGGCGCUACAAGGUCAGCUGGCUGGCAGAGACGCCGCUGCAGUAUGAAAGCACAAUCAUCCUCUCCCCACGUGGGGACAUACGGUUCAAAUUCGAGCCGCACUCUGAUUAAAGAAUUGAUGACAAAGCUGUGCAUUUUCCCUGGACAUUGGCUUACAUAUAUACCCUGCAAAUUGACCGUACUAACAGAACUGGCUAAGAGCGAACGAAGCUUCUUUUGUGAUACGCAAUGAGAUACAGAAAACUAACUGAAUUUGAAUUGUAAAUUUUAUUUUACUUAUUUGUUGUUAUAUAAUUUGCACAUUUGUCAUGUAUAUAAAUUUUA